UUUUGUUUUGUUUUUGUUUUGUUUUUUUUUGGAGCUGGGGACCGAACCCAGGGCCUUGCGCUUCCUAGGCAAGCGCUCUACCACUGAGCUAAAUCCCCAACCCCCAGCUCUGUGUUUUUAAACAAGCAGUUUUGCUAAAUUUCUGGGAAAUUGUAUAAUGAUUUGAGCAGCUCUAGAUUGAUAAGCAUUUUUUAAAAUGUUCUUUUAAGUUUCGGGAAUUAUAUUUUAAAAAUUGUCUAGUAGCAUUUUUUCUUUAUCUGUUAAUCUUUUUCUUUAUUGGGAAUAUAAAUACACACGAACUAUCCAGAUGACCACACAUGCUGAAAUCAGAGGUUCCAUUCCGAUGAGAGUUUUAUUGCAGUCGGUCACUGGAAUUUUACCCAGUGAUCUGCUGUGGAAGAAAUUAUUUCAAAACAAACCCCAGGAGGUUUGGCCACCGUUCAGAAGUCCUCUUCCUCAUUUGUACUCAGCAUAUCACAUGCUCAGACAGGCCGUUACCGGGAAUCUCCUAUAUGGCAGAAUACUGCAAGCCCAUCCUUGGAUCCCCGCCUUCUUAUGUUUUUGCCAGUUUAGACCAGGAAUCAGGAUGGGCAUCUGAAGCAGCAGGUGUGGAAAGCGGCACCCAGGCUUCUCUGAUUGGCUUUCUUGCCUGUGACGCAAGCUACUCUGCGACCUAUCAUAUUUCCAAGCGGCAAGGGUCACCAGAGCCCACCUGGCAUGGAUCCAGGAAACAAGCGCAUGCCCAGACUGCACUGCUGCUCCAAACUCCAUUCGCCCCUUCCCUGCUGGGUCCCCUUCAGCUCACAGUAGCUCAGAUCAGGGAUAGUCAGCUGUCGCUCACAGGCUCCAUCCUGGAAGCGGGGCGUGAAUUCAGGAUUCGGAAGCCUGUACUUCUGCCAUACAUUGUAAAUCCUGAGCAUGGUAGAGAAAGAUGGAUGCGGCACUGAUCGUGGAAGUGACCAAGUUCACUCUUGGAUACUAGUUCCAAGCCAAGUCCUUCAUGCUGUCUGGAGAAUAGCAAGGGCCUCUGUGAUGACGGCGCUCUCUCUUCUGUCAGCUACCCUCAGCUACUUCAGAAGCCUGUAUUUGUAUUUAGGGCAUCAGCUGAAAUGGUGGAUUGGCUAUCUACAGAGAAAGUUCAAAAGAAACCUCAGUGUGGAGGCAGAAGUAGAUCUACUCAGCUAUUGUGCAAGAGAGUGGAAGGGAGAAACCCCGCGUGCUAGACUGAUGAGGAAGGCUUAUGAGGAACUCUUCUGGAGGUACCAUGUUAAAUGUGUUCGACCAGUGAAGAGAGAUAACUAUGACGCUCUCAGGUCUGUGUUGUUCCAGAUCUUCAGCCAAGGCCUCUCCUUCCCAUCAUGGAUGAAGGAAAAAGACAUCGUUAAGCUUCCUGAAAAGCUACUCUUUUCUCAAGGCUGCAACUGGAUCCAGCAGUACAGUUUCGGGCCUGAGAAGUACACAGGUUCCAAUGUGUUUGGAAAGUUACGGAAAUGUGUGGAGUUACUAAAACUGCAGUGGACUGAGUUUAGUGGGAUGCGAGAUUACCACAAGAGAGGGAGCAUGUGUAACAGCCUCUUCUCCGACGCCAUCCUGGAGUGUAAACUGUACGAAGCUUUGAAGUUCCUCAUGCUCUACCAGGUCACAGAAGUGUACGAGCAAAUGAAGACCAACAAGAUUGUCCCCAGCCUUUUCAGACUCCUGUUCUCCCGAGAGUCAUCACCGGAUCCCUUGAGCUUUAUGAUGAAUCACCUGAAUUCCAUAGGAGACACGUGUGGUUUGGAUCAGAUCGACAUGUUUAUACUCGGGUAUUCUCUUCAAGUAAAGAUAAAAGUGUUCCGACUGUUCAAGUUUAACUCCAGAGACUUUGCAGUCUACUACCCCGAGGAGCCUCUCAGGGAGUGGCCAGAGAUCUCCCUGCUGACCGAGAAUGACCACCAGUACCACAUUCCCGUCUUCUAAGUCUGCCAUGGACUGAACAUCAGCUCUUCUCAGUGACAGUGGGCACACUUGAAGAAAAGUGCUUCAGCCAGGGAGAGCUCCGAGACCUCAGAACGCUGGGUGGAGGAGUCACCCACAGGGUGGCUCACCUUCUGUUUCGGUGAUGUUUUUCCCAGCAGCACACAUCUGUGGCUUGGUGGGUUGACUUCGUCCAUGAGGGAUCUGCUGGGUUGGGUCUUUAAAACAUAGGGAAACUUAAUGUGGACAAAAAUUGGAAGGGAAACAGCUACCCUGAGCAGCAGGAGUGUUUUAGUCUCUGAUCUUCAUGUUCUUCCGAAAGACUCUAUGGAUUUGGAACCGUCAUAAAUAAACAGGGCCGAGUUUUACAAGCGUUACCCUCCUGGGAGUCUUUGUUUACUGAUUUUCCAGGACAACCCAAUUAAUGUUAAAAUACUGUGUGUGUUUCUGUACAUGUGUUUAUAUAUAUACACGUAUGUAUUCAGAGACGCACAUAUACCACCAACAUCCACCACCAACAUGGUUUGUAAUAUUGUACAGUUUCUUUAUAUCUCUACCCUUUUUUUAUUUUGGUGUUCUUGAAUCUGGCCAGCUUAAAUCAAUUUAUUUAAAUAAAAGAAGAUAAAUUGUAUGGAUUUGGGCAACUGUAUAAUUUUCAAGCUGUCAUAAAAAUACUAAGCUAUGGUUUAUGUAAUCUAUAUUUACACAUCCAUUUAAUGAAUGGAACCUUGUGAUUGGCUGAGUAAAAUUCCAGAUACAGAUGUGUCUGUCUGUGUCAUCAUCCCAGAAUCCCGGAAGAAUUCGGUUAAAGAGAAUUUGUCUCACCCCCCCCCAAACAAAACAUAGCAAAUACAGGCUUACAUUCAAAUCUGUUUUUCCUAGAUCAGUGGUUCUCUUUUCUGGGUCUAGACGCCCCUGGGGGUGUGGUGGGGGCUUAUCAGAUUUCCUACCUAUCAGAUGUUCGAAUUACAAUUCCUAAGAUUAGCAAAAUCAGAGUUAUGAAUUAUCAGGGGAAUGGUUUUAUGGUUGGGGGUCAGCACAACAGGAAGUCCAUCCACUUAGUCUCCGGGUGGCCCUGGCGUGAUGGAAAGCCCAUGGAGGUGGAAGAGUCUUGGUGUCAGAGGAUGCUGUGAGCAAUGGAAGCAUCACUUGCCUGGCAGGCGAGUAAGAGGCAGAGCCAAUGGCGCUGGGGUCUCCAAGAGCUAGAAGAGAGCAGAGGCAGACCUUGUCCAGAAACCCAGAAGGAACAUGUUUGCGCCAGGACCUUGCUUUUGGCCUGCUGAUGUCUCAGUCAGACCUCUAACCUUUAACCCUCGAGGACAGUGGUCCUCAAUCUUCCUAAUGCUUCAACCCUUUAAUACAGCCCCUCGUGUUGUGGUGACCCUGACCAUAAAGUUAUUCCUAUACUAAUCUUAAUUUUUCUCUUGCUACUUUAUAACUGUAAUUUUGUUAAUCUUAGGAAUUGUAAACAUCUGAUAUGCACGAUAUCUGGCAAGGGGCCCUGAAGGAUGGGAGCCACUGCUCUAGGAAGACAUACUUGAAUUUAAGCCUGUACUUGUUAUGUUUUGUUUGGGGCAUAGGGAGGCAAGACAAGGUUUCUCAAUGUAGACCUGGUUGGCUUGGAACCCACUACGUAGACCUGGCCUACCUCCAGGGUGCUGGGAUUAAAUGAGUGUGCCAUCACCACCCCACUUUAAGUCUGUUUUAAGAACAUGGUGCAGUAGCAACAGAAAACUCUAAUUCUCAGUCUCACUAAUUUCCCGUCAGCUUCCUCUUAGAAGCACUUUUGAUCAUCUUAAUUUCUGGAGGGGCUCUGCUUGCCUGAUUGGUCUAUUAAGAAAUAAAAAAUCGUUUUUUAUAUCCUGUUAAUGUUAUAAAGCCAGGAUGCCCGUCUUGAGAAAAGACAUAUCUAACAAGGAUACAUUCUCCUUCAUGACUGCAUGAGUUCUUUGGCUAAUACAAAGGCACCCUGGAUGCCAGGGUGCACGAAGCUAGCAUAUGCGGGCCUCUGCAGUGGAGAUGAUCGGCUGUCGUCCCACAUUGGUGGGAUGUAUGGCGUUUUACCUUUUUCCAUGAGAAUUAAUGAGGUCAGAUUAAAAAGUGUUUCCUGCCUUGGUAGCCACCCAACCGGAGCUCUGGUGGGGCAGAGUCCCCUGCUGGCGUGCGUCUGUGUUUUUGUGACUCUCUUCCAUGCAGCCUGCACUCUCAGAAGGGACCCAUGUGUUCCCGUGGCCAAGAAAGGUUAGCUUUACCUCUCCUGUCUCUCUGCAGACAUGGCGCCAGCACGCUGCAGGCUGCUCUGAUUGAAAUUCAGAGACCAUCAAGUGUCUGAAUUUUUGGCUGCAGUUGAAUUGCUCUGGUCAACCUGGCAUCUGUAUGUACCACCCUCUUCAUGGGGAUGAAAGGAAAAGGGUUUUCCCUGGGAUUAGCAGCCUGCGACUCUGAGACAUCAGUCAACCUCAUGUAUUCAUACACUUCUGGUUGACAGACAGAGUUUUCUUUUCUUUUUUCUUUUUUUUUCUUUUACACAUAACACAGUGGAAUUUUACUCAGCUCUGUCAGAGGACAGUGAAUGGGAUUGGAAAGGAUUGAGUUAGUGUGGUGACUCAGACUGAGUCCUGGCUCUUCCUGAAGCUGGAGGGGUCGCCUUGUUCUUGUUGGGGCUGCACUUGGGAUCGAGGCUACUAGUCAAAACAGUCAUGUCGGGCCUCACAGUACCACACACACCCACUCUCAAAUAAAUUUGCCCACCCCAGUCGCCAAAGUGAGCAGCGCUUCAGAGAAGGCCUCCUGACAGAAGAGAUCCUGACUUGCACCUGUUAAGACAUAGAGAUGUGGCUCCCAGGCAGGGUCAAGUAAGGACUGGUGACAGAAGCAAGUAGGGGCUGGAAUGCUGCCCUCGAGAAGAAAAUGUUUUUCUCACUUGGCCUUAAUCUAUGUUCUGCUGUGUCCUAUUUCUGUGGAAGUGGUUCUCACGCUCUCUUGGUAAUGGCGAGUAUACUUUGAUAAUAGGAAGAGGGGUGAUUUGGUAUGUGACUAUUUUGAAAAGAAACCUUCGUUUAGUCGUAUUUCUUUGUUUCGUCUUGCCUCAGUUGUUCCUGAUAUCGUGGGAAUAACUAUCUUAUGGUAUCUUGCCAAAGUGGAAAUUGUGGUAAUGCAUAUUCAUAUCUAUAUAAGGACUAAUAAAGCUUGCAACUGCAUGCAGUUGCUUCUGCCUUUGCUCUGCA